GUUGGUUGGAGAAGGCAGUGGAGUCGUCUGACCCAAAAUGGCGGUUGUUGUUGUUCUGGCUGUGUCGAUAUAAACAAGUUCUUCGGCUUUGAUUGAAGGCAAGAAGUUUGCGAUUUGUUCAGAAUGACGACAGGAAACGACGGCUCGUUUUCCAUCUCUGGUCUCGGCAGUUCUUUUGCAAACCGUCAGCGAGAUUUGUUCGCAUGCCUGGACGCUGCGGACAAGGAGCGAGAGAGCAGCGGCGGCCCUAGGCUGCCCGCCCUACCUGUCGAGGAUGAAAUGGACCGAAUGGACGAUGAUAGAGACAACCAGCUUGAACGGUGUUCAGGAAGGAGACGAAAAGCCCCGACCAAACAGUUUAGGGGCAAGGAGAGCAUCUUCAAAAGGCCAGAAAUGCCUGCCCCAAGGAGGGCAAGACACAGCGUUGCAGAUCACCAACGGAACCCUCACAAAUAUACCAAGUAUAGUCUUGGAGACGUAUCCCCUCAGGAUAUGUCAGAUCGCACCAACACUGCCGCAGCACUUUCCUUUUUGCAAGAGCUCAGAGCAAGGAAAGAGAACAAGGAAGAUAUGGAUCUUGACGAGUCACCCAAACAUAUCAUUUUCAAGUCCGCAAGGCCCAAAGCAGAGAGGAGAACUUCCAGUUUGGGUGCUGUGAGCACAAUAACAACUGCUGCUAGUUCAGAGGAAGCUGAUCAGCCAUCCUUUAGGAGCAGUAAACUGGUCAUGCCAGAAUAUGUUGUGGGUCAAAAGAAGUCCUCAAAAAAGAAAAGUCUUUCCUCUGAUACCAGUUCUCAGUCAGAGGACAAGGACCCCGCAAAGAAGAGCAAAACAAGAGAGAUUACGUUAGGCCAUCUUAUGGAUGAAGAAGAUGAAUGAAUGUUGAUUAAAUUACUGCUAGCACUAGCAUUAUGUUCCUUAAAUUCUGAUGUUAAAACAGAACCUUAAGGCAUGAGAUUUUUAUUACUGUAGGAAUCAUGUCGUUUAAGAGGCUGUGAUCUACUUGUCUUUGUAUAUAAAUGGAAUACUGUAAAUAAAACGGCAGUUUCUUUCAA